GGCACCAUUAUCACUCACUUGAAACUACUACUUUGAGAUGAACACUAGAAAAUCUUCCACCACUAUGCUCUCAAUCCCCUCACUCAUAAUCUUCUUCAUCAUCUCACAACAUUCAUCACUCCCUCAUGCACACACCAUCAAAACUAGGCAAAAUCUAGAGAUAAUAAUCGGCGGCGGCGGCGCCCCCUCACCCGAAACUCCCGUUUGCCCCGAACCCAUCCCCCCUCCCCCUCCCCCACCUGAGGAAUGCCCUCCUCCGCCCCCUCCCCCACCUCCUCCUCCACCACCGCCUCCUCCUCCACCGCCUCCUCCAUCACCUUCUCCUCAUCCAAUAAAACAGCCUCCUCGGCCACGGCCUUCUCCUCCUCCUCCUCCUCCAACUCCAUCAGGAAGAACACUGUCGCCCGAGCUACUAAGGUCGAAGCGAGUGAUCGAAACGUUCCGAAAGACGAUAGGGGCCGAUCCUAAGGGCGUGACCGAUACGUGGAACGGCGACAUAUGCUACGACAAAUCAAAAUACAAAGGCUUCAUCUGCGACACCACAAUCAAAGAACAAAAGCUCCUCGUAGCCCUAGUCAACUUCAACAACUACGAAUUCCAAGGCAAACGCAACCAACCCUUAGCCCUCCGCAACUUCCUCGAAAACCUCACCGAAAUCAUCGCCUUCCACUCCAACUCCAACUUCUUCUCCGGCGGCAUCCCCUUAGGCCUCGACCAAAUCCGCUCCCUCUUCGAACUCGACCUCAGCAACAACAACCUCACCGGCCCCUUCCCCAAAGAAGUCCUCGUCGCCACCAACCUCACCUUCCUCGACCUCCGCUUCAACCACCUCUCCGGCUACCUCAACCCGAAUGUAUUCGACCUCGACCUCAACAUCCUCUUCCUCAACAACAACAACUUCAUCGGCCCCAUUCCACCCGCCCUCGGCCGCACCCCGGCCCUCUACGUCACCCUCGCCAACAACAAAUUCUCCGGCCCCAUCCCGAGCACCAUUGGGGACACGAAAAACACGCUUCUCGAGAUUCUCCUGCUCGGUAACUACCUCACGGGGACGCUCCCGUACGAGAUAGGGUUCUUGGAGAAGGCCACGCUAUUCGACGCGAGCGCGAACAAGAUCACGGGCCAAAUCCCGCACUCGUUCGGGUGCCUCAAGUCGAUUAACUACCUCAACAUGUCGAUGAAUCAGCUCUGUGGGCCGGUUCCCGAGCCGCUGUGCCGGCUGCCGGAGCUGGUGAACCUGACGCUGAGCGACAACUACAUCACGCAGGUGGGGCCCGCGUGCAGGAAGCUUAUUGAGAAGAAGGUUUUGGACGUUGGAAGGAACUGCAUUUUGGAUCUGCCGAAUCAGAAGAGUAAGGAGAUGUGUGCGGGUUUUUUUCACAAGCAGCCGUGCCGGGAGCCGGCUAACCUGAAUAAGAUACCUUGCCGCUUUGAAUCGGGAAAUGAACCGAAACCGGUGGUGGAGAGGAAGCUGACGGAGAAGCCGCGAAGCUAUGCAGCUCUGGAGCUGCAAGGCUAAUGCCACAGCUAUAUCUAUCUAUCUAUCUACAUAUAUGUUUAUGUGUGUUUCUUGAUUUGGGAAAUAUAAUUUGUAUAUCAAUUUUAGUGUUGUUGAGAAUCAAUAAUUGAUCAUCUCAUUUGUAUUA